AUGUGGGAUGAGGUCGACAGAUGGAAGGAGAAAAGCGGUCUCGUGCAGCCCACGACCGGCAAAUCCAAGGGCAAACGCAAAGGGCGCAUUGCUGCGAAAGCAAGAGACUGGGACAAGAAUGCCGAAAAACUCGAAGAAGGGGUUCCCGACAUGAGCAACGGGGAUCCUUUGUUCAGGCUCGGCCAGGCUUUGAUGUCUUGGUGGAAGCAACGAUAUCGCACCACUGCGCCAGGUCUGCGAAAAUGGGGAUAUAUGGCACUGGAACGCCUUGAUAGGCUCCACAAGGCAUAUGCAAAUGAAGAGCAAGACGCUAAUAGAUUCGGGGAAAGGCUGGAGAGUAUCGACGAUCUUCGACAAUGCGCUUCUCGAUGCGAAGGGAGCCGGGAUGUUGGCGCAUAUCUCUUUGUGGCGCUUCUCAGGGGACUGGGCCUGGAAAGUCGCUUGGUUGCAAACUUGCAGUGCCUUGGCUACUCAUGGACUAAGCUGGAAGAUGCAGAAUCCGAGCGCAAGGAUGGCGACCUGCGGCCCCCUGCAGCAGACCUUACACCCAAGAAACAGGCCAAGUCGAAAAACCAUGGCAGUGAAAAGACUAACGAUAAGAAGAAAAAGCCCAGAAAGUCAACACAGGAACAGUCUCCAAAGGAUGCCGAAUUGGAACUCGAAUACCAGGACUCCGAUGAUGAAUCUGUAGUGGAUAUGCAGGUGACGCCUGUCAAAUCGAAGAGCCCACAACAAGCCAAGAUUGACGCAGAUCUUCCAUAUGCAAACUACUGGACCGAAGUACUGUCUCCAGUAACGGGUAAUUUCCUGUCCAUCGAGCCAGUAGUAAAAGGAGUAGUUGCUACCAAUCGCGAGCUCGUGGAGUCUCUUGAGCCUCGAGGUGCCAAGGCCGACAAUGCGCGUCAAAUCAUAGCAUAUGUGGUUGCUUACUCUCCUGAUGGUACAGCCAAGGAUGUGACCGUCAGGUAUCUGAAGCGACACAUUUUCCCAGGACGCACCAAGGGCACAAGAUAUCCGAUUGAGAAAGUCCCUAUUUACAACAAGCAUGGGAAGGUCCGUAAACAUGAACACUACGACUGGUUCAAGUCAGCCAUGACAGGUUACAGGCGCGGUGACAAGAAGCGGCCUAUCACCGAUCUGGACGAGCUCGAGGACGAUACGGAUUUGAAACCGGCUAAGCCGGAGAUAAAACCCGUACAUGAAGGUGAAGAGACCCUGCAAUACUACAAGCAGUCGAAAGAAUUCGCGCUUGAGAGACAUCUGAAGCGAGAAGAGGCUUUGCGGGCAGGCGCCAAAGCAGUCAAAAAAUUCCAAAAUAAGGGCAAGGGCAAGACAGAGGAAGAGGAUGUGUAUUUGAGGUCCGAUGUCUUGAACGUCAAGAGUGCAGAAACCUGGCACAAGCAGGGAAGGGCCCCUCUGGAUGGGGAAGAGCCUCUUAAGCGAGUGCCAUAUCGCGCUGCAACCACCAAUCGCAGACGUGAACUCCUGGAGGCAGAGGCAGCAACAGGACAAAAAGUCCUCCAGGGCCUAUACAGUUACGACCAGACCGACUGGAUCAUACCGGAGCCCAUCAAAGAUGGUGUCAUUCCCAGGAAUGAAUACGGAAACAUUGACUUAUUUGCCGAGCACAUGUGCCCAGAGGGUGCUGUUCAUGUGCCUUUCAAAGGAACUGUCCGAGUAUGCAAGAAACUAGGAAUCAACUACGCCGAAGCCGUGGUGGGUUUCGAAUUUGGACACCGCAUGGCAGUACCAGUAAUUCAAGGCGUCGUCAUUGCAGAAGAAAACCACGACAUGGUAAUGGAGCAGCUUCAGCAAGAUGAGGCCGAACGAGCGCGGAAAGAAGACGAGAAGCGGCGAAAAGCUGCGUUGGGGCAAUGGCGCAAGUUUAUCAUGGGCAUGCGCAUCGUCCAGAGAAUUCGCCAAGAAUACGGCGAGAUUGACGACAAAAUGUCCGUCUUUGGCCACAGCAGCAAGACAGGUCCCGCCGGCGCACCAGAGCCUCCCGUGAUGGACAACGAUGAGAACAUGGCAGGGGGCUUCUUGCCGGAGGGCUAUGAGGAAGAAGACGAGGGAGAGGGUGGCGACGGCGGCAAGCCAAGUACAUCGCACUUUUUUCCUACUGUUGACGAAAAUGAAGCAGACGAUGACGGUGAUCUGGUCUUGGAGCAUGAGGGCUAA